AAAUAGCACUUCUUUUUGCUUUCUUUGUAUUCAAAACUAUAUCCUUUCCCGACCGAUUCUACUGCCCCAGGUCCAAGUCUCUCCAGUCAGGAGCCCCAGCUCUCCAGAACAGUAACAGAUCCUUUAGCUCGCUUUUAUUAUUUUAUUUUUAAAAUUAAUUAUUAUUACAUUUUCUCCCCCUUGUUUGUUUUCUGCACAUCUUCAGGAAGCCCUCGGUGCUUGUGCAAAGAGAAGCUCCUAUUGCAACCUCACUCCCUGCGCUGUGCGCCUCGGUGUAAACGUUUUGGAUGAUCUAAAGACUCUGGGGUCUGUAUAUGGAAAUAGUGGGGUGCAGAGCAGAAGAAAAUACUUGUCCUUUCCGUCCCCCAGCCAUGCUUUUCCACGGGAUCUCCGGAGGCCACAUCCAAGGAAUCAUGGAGGAGAUGGAGAGGCGAUCCAAGACCGAGUCCCGCCUGGCCAAAGGGGGACAGAUGAACGGCCGUGAAACGAACAUGCCCCCAAUGAGCCCCGAGAAGCCUGCUUUGUGUGCUGGUUGUGGAGGGAAGAUCUCAGACAGAUAUUACCUGCUGGCUGUUGACAAACAAUGGCACCUCAGGUGUCUUAAGUGCUGUGAAUGUAAACUGGCUUUGGAGUCAGAACUCACCUGCUUUGCCAAGGACGGCAGUAUUUACUGCAAGGAGGAUUACUACAGAAGGUUCUCCGUGCAGAGAUGUGCCCGCUGCCACCUUGGGAUCUCAGCCUCUGAAAUGGUCAUGAGAGCCAGGGAGUCGGUUUACCACCUGAGCUGCUUCACCUGCACCACCUGCAACAAGACUCUGACCACAGGCGAUCACUUUGGCAUGAAGGACAACCUGGUUUACUGCAGGGCCCACUUCGAGUCCCUUUUGCAAGGAGAAUAUCCCCCUCAGCUGAGCUACACCGAGCUGGCUGCCAAGAGCGGAGGGCUGGCCCUGCCUUACUUCAACGGCACUGGCACAGUCCAGAAGGGGAGGCCCAGGAAACGAAAGAGCCCUGCCUUGGGAGUGGACAUCGUCAACUACAACUCAGGUUGUAAUGAGAAUGAGGCAGAUCACUUGGACAGAGACCAGCAGCCUUAUCCCCCAUCCCAGAAGACAAAGCGCAUGCGCACCUCCUUCAAACACCACCAGCUUCGUACCAUGAAGUCCUACUUUGCUAUCAACCACAACCCAGAUGCCAAGGACCUCAAGCAGCUUGCCCAGAAAACAGGCCUGACCAAGAGAGUUCUGCAGGGAGAACAAAUCAUGGGGCAUUACAGCCAAACAUCCCGACGUUUGAAAAUUCCCUAAAGUAUUAAAAGAAGGGGAAAAGUUUGAUCGGAAAUCCACUGCAGUGAAGACAAAGACAAUAUUAGGUUAUGAUAAUCAUACAUUUAAAAAUCUAUUGAGCCAAAAAAUAAAAAUAAAAGACUUGAUGUCAUUUUCUGAAUGUUAACAAAACAUAUGUUAUUUUAUGGUGUCUAAUUAACAGAACUGAAGGCUUCAACAAAUUGUGUGGUAUUAAAAACAAAUUUAGAGAAACUGUGUAUAAAACCAGAGCAACCUGGCAGCAAUCUACCCAGCCCAUAUUCGAAGAAAACUUUUCUUUAAAAAAAAUCACAUUUGUCAAGCACAAGUACUUGUAAAAUAAAAUCUGAGUGCAUUCAUUCCACUUGCUUGCUAAUGUGUACUAGUCAUAUCUGUUAAAUGGAUUUUUGUAAAUUCAAAGAGAACUUUUCACUCAUUCGAGAUCAUAGGAAUCAAAACCCAGUAACUUUAGUACUAUUGUUUCUGAAAUUUUUUUUUUAAAAUGAGACAAAUCUGCAUGCACUUUUCCAUCUGUCACAUAUAGUGUACAUUUCUGUAUGAUGAAUUUCUCUUUGAUGUUUCUUGUAUAAUAGCUUUCAUUAAUAAACAUUUUUUGAUGCAAACAUAGUUAACUUUAUGUAAACACAUAGCUAAUUGUUCUAACUAAUUUAAACUUUUCUUUUGAAAAGAAGCAGUACAGUGCAGUUCCAAUAUGUUAUAUAUAUCUAAAAUCAAAAAGAAUGAGGUAGCAAUACUGUUGCACAGUGUAAAAUCAUUUCCUUUGGUGUUAACUUUUUAAUUUUUUAACUUCUUGUAUAAAACUGACAUGUUUUAAAAAACAUUCCUAUCAGCAUCAACAAUAAAACAAUCCCUAAAUUCUUCAUCAAUAUAAGAAAACAUAAGCAGUACAGUAUGUAAAGUCCUCAAUGACUUUUAGAGUACAAGGAUAUAAUUUGUGGAUCCCUGAGCUGUUUACAUGGUCACUAUGCAAUGAGCAAGUAUGUUACAAAAAGUUGGUCCUAAGAUUCCCAGUCCAAAUCACAGAUGAUUUUUACAAGCCAACAAGCAAGUGUAACAAUAACCAAUUCUUAGUAAUGAGGUUUUGUAACUGUUAAGCAACUAUUUGCAGAAAGAUUUUUUAAAAUAUAUUCCUAUUUAGCUGUAUAGCCAAAGCAUAUGUUAAACAAAUUAACAUAUAAAAGACUUGCCAGAAAAUCUUUCAUUAAGAUGACAUUUUUAUUAUAUACUAAUGAACCCUAUGUAAACAAUGUAACUUUUAUGGAUGAUGGACAUUAAAUAUUUCACUUACGUGUA